AAUUUUAAAGCUGAUAAAAUAUACAUAUACAAUGACAAUAUAUACGUAUGUUUUUAUUUAGUUACACUCCUCUGUUGAGUCAGACAAAAAUCGUCCUGCACUAAUUGCAUAUGCCAUUACUCCAAUGAGUAAACUGGCACCUGUCGAGAAAAAAGACAAGAAAUGCGAUGACAAAAAAGGAGAUGAAAAGAUGGAAUAUGGUGAAAAUGGUGUUGAACCUUUAGCUGGAGCUAAUAAUGCACAACCCAAUCAUUAUGAAGAGGUUGGAGAACUUAGAGAAAAUGCCUAUAAAUCAGUUGGUAAUGAAUAUGAUACAGUAAAUAAUCCAUCAACAAGUGAUGAAAGUAAACCACCAACAAGUAAAGCACCACCACAUGUGUAUGCCUCGAUCAAUAGAGAAAAUAGAGAAGGAAAUCCGGUUUGUUGUGGAUAUUUGUCAUUUAUUAUUUAUAAAUAG